AAUUGAAAUUCAAUAUAAUUUCUGGAUAUUGGAGGGUAGUACCAAAAACACUAAAAAAUGUGAGGAAAAAGUAUUAGGAAAACGCUGUGCGACGAGCAAGACCGUCCCCAUAUUCUGAAGGCAGAUGUGACUAACGAAAAUGGACGUUUCAUCGCAAUAAAAACGCUGGAGAAUCGUUUACACACAUGCACUGGUCUCCUGCUGGAUUCCGAAUUGCCUCUGUUUCUACUUGCUCUGUUCAGAAUUGCAUUAUAUACGAGUAACAAGCAGUAAAUGUUCAGCCCAUCGAAGAGACUAAACCAAGCAACCAUAGCCAUGGCUAAGCUUGGGAUGAGUUUCAGCAAGAAAAAGAACGAAAUUGUGAAGCUGAAGAAGCUACAAAAGGGUCUUUUUUUGGGAAGAAGAUGGACUACUGACUCGACCUGCGUGCCUGAAGAUGUAAAGGAAGGGCAUUUUGCAGUUAUUGCGGAGAACGGUGAGGAACCAAGGAGAUUUGUAGUUCCACUGAGUUGUUUGACUCAUCCAAGGUUUUUGAAGCUGUUGGAGAAAGCAGCUGAGGAGUUUGGAUUCAACCAUGAUGGAGCCUUAACCAUCCCAUGCGACCCAAGUGAGCUUGAAACCAUAUUAGCUGAAUCGGGGGUCUCUAGUAAUGUUACUCUCAAUUUCGGUUCCCGGGAAGCCAUGGUACAGAGCAAUUGAAGAAUCAGAAAGGAGCUUUCUUUGACAGAUUAAUGAGUCUCCUUGUAGUCCUGUAACUAGCUAUCCUUUUCAUUUUCAAUGCAUGUUCAGUUCUGUUGGAGCAAAAUAAUAAAAGGAAAUAAGAAAUUCAACUUCUUGUAUAUAUCUCUAUUCAUUUAAUUUGCAUUUUUAAAGAAUAUUGUUACAUGUAUGUUUUGAGAUUGUAAAAGGUCACCGUUCGUUUGCAGAAUGAAUUCACAUUCACUAA